AUGCCCGGCUCGUCGUCCCGCGCGUACUGCGUCUGCGAGGUUGCGGGUCGCCCCAACAAAUUCAAGACGCCGACAGUCGCGAAGGACGACGGCCCGAGGUGGGACUUCACGAUGCAGGUGGCCGACUGCACUGGCCAGGAGGACCUCACGUUCUGCGUAUACGACACGGACCAGAUGAGGGGCGACGACUUCUUGGGCGCAGCCGUGCUGCCAGCCAAGCGGUUCUUUCAUGAGGGCUUCGACGAGGAGUUGCCUCUUAGCAGCAUCGGCAGCGGCGCGGCCAUUAUCUUACACGUGCGCGUGACGCAGGCCGCCGGAGCCCCGAGGGCGGCGGCCGUGCCGUCGCAGAUGGGGCAGCCGCGCGCCGCAGGCUCCGUGUUCUCCGAGUUUUCGCUGCAGGCGCCGCUGAGCAUGCCGCAGCCACGCCCGUCCGAGGCUCCGGCGCAGCUUGGUGUGAGCAGGCGAGCAUCGCCGACAACCUGCAAAGUCACGAUUGUAUCUGCACGGGGCCUGCGUUGCGCAGACCUGAAGAUAUUCGGUGGAUCAUCCGAUCCGUACUGCAUCUGCGAGGUUGCUGGCCGUCCCAACAAGAUAUUCCAGACGCACGUGAUCAAGAAGAACGUCCGCCCGGAGUGGAAUUUCACGGCGGAGGUGGCGGACCUGACGAGCCAAGAUGAACUCUCGUUCAGCAUCUACGACUGGGACCGCAUAUCCAGAGAUGACAUGUUGGGCAGGGCCACGCUGCAUGCCUAUCAGUUCUUGCCGCAGGGCUUCGAUGGGGAGCUGCCGCUCGAGAACGCGGGAAAGGGCGUGUGCGCUUUCAUUCACAUUCGCGUCGAGCCGGUCCGAGCCCAGGUGGUGGAGCAGGACGCGUGCACAAGCAGGGCGCAGGCCAGCCGAGGCGUCAAGGAGAUUGCCCGGACGCGGUCGAGGCGGUUGGCGGUGGCGUCCGCGAGUGCUUUCGAUCUCGCCAUCACGACUUCGAGGCGCACUCCCAGAGGAGGCUGCCCAGCGGCCCCCUGGUCGAGGCCGCUCCCGGGCAGGCCACCGAACGCGGCAACAGGAUAUCUUGCCAUACUUCGCCGCGGAGCGUUGCUGACCAGGGCAGCGGGAACGGCAGCGGGAAGCCUUCCAGGAC